AUGCCGAUUCCGAAACUUGGAGCUGUCACUUUCUUCGACAAGUUUCUCGGUUUUAUGUUCAUUCGUAAAACGGGGAGAGUUGACGAGAAUUUCAUCGACCGAACCAACAGAUAUUAUACUGUGAUUUUCCUGUGCUUUUAUAACCUGUACCUAAUGACGGAUGACUAUAUCGGGGACCCUAUUUACUGCUGGUGUCCGGAAGAAUUCACGGAACAAGAAGUCAAAUACGUUCACAGCCUUUGUUACGUAGCGAACACAUACUACAUCCCGUUCAAUCGACAAAUUCCGUCAAACUUCGAGCUUCGUCGUGAAGAGUCGACAGAAGUCGUGUAUUAUCAAUGGGUUCCGGUAAUUUUGUUUUUAAUGGCUUUUCUGUUUUUCCUCCCUCGCCUCGUUUGGAAAUUACUGAUGCUUAAAGCUGGGAUGGAAUUAAAGAAAAUGUGUCUAGCUGCCAAAGGAACAAUUGAUGUUUCUCCAGAACAACGUGAAAAGGGGCUAACUCUCAUAGCUAAAUAUAUUGAUAUAUUUUGUGCCAACAUCAGUCGCUUCCGGGGCGGGCCGUGUACCUCUGUGAGGGAACGUGUUAGCAAACAUAUUGUUCUCGGAUGUGGCCGACAUUACGGGAAUUAUUUCAUCUCGUGUAAAAUUUUAAUCCGGUUUUUAUAUUUUUGUACAAGUUUCGGACUCCUUUUUUUCCUGAACGAAUUUUUAGGAAACAAAUUCUAUAUCUAUGGUUACGAAGUGAUAAAUGCGUUUCUAAGAGGGGACGACUGGACAAUGACCACUAGAUUUCCACGACAAACUUUGUGUGAUUUCGAUCUCCGACAACUCAACAAUGUUCAUAGGUGGACUCUGCAAUGUGUCCUUCCAAUGAAUUUGUUCCACGAGAAGUUUUUCAUUUUCCUGUGGUUUUGGUACACAAUGCUUUCCGUUUUGAAUAUAUUAAACAUUUGUGCAACGCUGUCUGUUGCUGUUUUCCCAUUCCAGCGCAACAGUUUCAUAAAGAAAUAUCUUCAAAUGGCAGGAAUCUACGAAAAAGACCAUCUCCAGAAAACGCGAAUAAAUCUAUUUAUACAUGGGCAUUUAAAACAAGAUGGCGUCUACAUUUUGAAACAGAUUUCUGACAACGCAAACACUGUAAUUGUUCAGGACAUCAUCGAGAAGAUGUGGAAAUUAUUUCUCGUUCGUUAUGAUCGCGCUGGACCCGUAGACGACGAGAAAGAUGCACGUGGCAAUAGUUUACCCGUGAGAGAUGAAACGGUCGAUGACGUCAUCACAGCGACAACGCCGUUGUUAGAGAGAAAUGGGAUCCUGAAACAUAUUCAGGAUGACGAGGUAACGAUUACGAACAACAAUUUGGACAGUCACGUGUCGUUUGAUGAUCCAAAAGAGACAUUUACCGAGUCAGAAGUGUAA